AUGUCUUCAAGAUUUGAUUAUUCACGCUCCAGCGUGAUCGCUCUUGCUCUAGCUGCCACGAGCUCCAUCGUUGCCGCCGCGCCAUGCGAUAUCUAUGCCUCUGGCAACACGCCCUGCAUUGCCGCACACAGCACAACCCGGGCCCUGUACAGUGCCUACACAGGAGCACUUUACCAAGUGAAACGUGGCUCUGACAACACGACAAUCAACGUUGCACCGAAGUCUGCUGGCGGUGUCGCCAAUGCUGCUGCUCAAGACACCUUCUGUUCCGGUACGACUUGCCUUAUCACCAUCGUCUAUGAUCAAUCUGGCCGCGAGAAUCACCUUACUCAGGCACCUCCUGGCGGCUUCAACGGCCCGGAGUCCAAUGGCUACGACAACCUCGCGGGCGCAAUUGGCGCACCAGUCACGUUGAAUGGGCAGAAGGCGUAUGGUGUCUUCAUCUCGCCCGGCACAGGAUACCGCAAUAACAAAGUCAGCGGUUCUGCCACAGGAGACGCAGCGGAAGGCAUGUACGCAGUACUCGACGGUACCCAUUACAAUGGUGCUUGCUGCUUCGACUACGGCAACGCCGAAACCAACAACCUCGACACAGGCGAUGGUCACAUGGAGGCCAUCUACUACGGUGACAACACUGUCUGGGGUAGCGGCGCCGGCAGCGGCCCAUGGAUUAUGGCUGAUCUUGAGAACGGUCUCUUCUCUGGCCUGGGCGCGACGCAGAACACUGGUGACCCUAGCAUCACAUACCGCUUCGUCACUGCGGUGAUCAAGGGAGGGCCAGGCAACUGGGCCAUCCGCGGUGGUAAUGGCGCGUCCGGUGCGCUGUCGACUUACUACAGCGGCGCACGUCCAAGCGGAUCUGGCUACAACCCCAUGCACAAGGAAGGUGCCAUAAUCCUUGGUAUUGGCGGCGACAAUAGCAAUGGUGCCCAAGGUACCUUCUACGAGGGAGUGAUGACCACCGGUUACCCAACUGAUGCUACAGAGAACUCAGUACAGGCCGAUAUCGUAGCCGCUAAGUACGCCACUACCUCCUUGGUCAGCGGCCCGACAUACACUGUUGGUGGCUCUGUAUCGUUCAAGGCUACCACAGCUGGGUACACUGACCGCUAUCUCGCACACACUGGAGCCACCGUUAACACACAAGUUGUCUCAUCAUCCAGCAGCACUGCUCUGAAGCAGGCUGCCAGCUGGACCAUCCAUACUGGCCUUGGCAACAGUGGCUGUUAUUCAUUCGAGUCAAAGGACACCGCGGGAAGCUACAUUCGACACUACAACUUUGGGCUUCAGGUUGCUGCCAACGACGGCUCCAAGGCUUUCAAGGAGGACGCCACCUUCUGCCCGCAGUCUGGCCUCACCGGUAGCGGUUCGUCGCUUCGUGCUUGGGGUUACCCUACACGCUGGGUCCGUCAUUAUGCAAACAACGGAUACAUCGCAAGCAAUGGCGGUGUUCAUGACUUCGAUGCUGCUGCAUCGUUCAACAACGAUGCUACUUGGGCCACCAGCACUGGCCUUGCUUAG